AUGACGAGCCAACGACAAACUUCGAGCGUCGUGUUCGCGAUCUUUUUCUUUAUCGGCAUUGGAUCGUCAUUACCAUGGAAUGUAUUCAUCACUGCACAGGCGUAUUUCCAACGUCGCUUAUCGGGGACUACGUAUGAGGAUUCAUUUCUUAACUGGUUUAGCAUGGCUUUCAACGUAAGCACCCUCAUGACGAUGCUCAUUCGUACAGCCAUCAUCGCGGAACGUAUGGUAAGUGCCGUACGCACCGUCUUCUUCUCACUUGUCGCCAUCAUGGGUGUUAUCUCGAUGCAUUGUGCCUGGACGCGUAUGCCUGAGUUCUACGGCUAUUCAUUCUUCCAUAUGACUAUGAUGAGUAUUCUUUUGGUUGCGUCCGCCUCGACAUUGAUGCAAGAAGGGCUGCUACGCAUUGUCGCGACGUUUCCACCGCAGUAUACACAAGCGGUGGUUAGCGGCCAGAGUUUUGCUGGAUUGGCCGUGUCGUUGUCAAACUUUAUUAUCUUGUGGGCGGGCAAAGGCGAUAUUCUGCUUGUCUAUGGAUUGCACUCCAAUGUAGACCUAUGCGCACUUCUGUACUUUGUGCUGGUAUUUAUCACACUUGUCUUGUGCCUGCUAUCAUUUGCAGUCCUGACUCGGAUGGAAUUAUUUCGCCACUAUCAGAGAAUCGACCAUCCUGGAUCCAAUCCAAAACAAUAUCUUGACGAUACACCAAGUGAAACCGAAACGGUUGACGCAUUGGAUGAUUCCCCACGGAAACGCCUGCUGGACCGAGAAGAUGACGCUGAUGACACUGGUAACAAAGUGGAUUAUAUGCUGGAAAUUGCCUUCACGAUACGAUUCUACGCGAUAGCGACGUUUUUCAUAUUUAUUGUAACGCUUGGUAUCUUCCCUGGAAUUACGUCAAUGAUCAAAUCGGUGCACCCAGAGAGUGGUAUCAUAUCCGAUCAAUUGUUCACGCCGUUCACGCUCAUUCUCUUUAAUACGUCGGACUUUAUCGCACGUCUGUCCGCUUCGUGGUGGCCCGAGCUCGGACAAAAGAGGGUACUACUCUUCAGUAUUGCACGUCUCAUUUUCUUUCCAUUGUUAAUGCUCUGCAACCUGCAGAACAAGUCACACGAAGUGAUCACGACGGUCGUCUUUCGAAGUGACGUGUUGGCCAUGCUCUUCAUUGCCGGUUCCGCCUUUUCAAACGGACUACUGUGCGCACUGGCAUUCAUGGAGUAUCCCAAUGUACUUCGUAGAAAUGCUGAAAAGGAAUUGGGAGGUAGCAUUAUCUUUUUUGUGCUAUCUGUUGGUCUCACUAGCGGCUCCCUCAUGUCUUUUGUGCUCCGCGCCAUGUUGAAGCCAUGA